GUACAAAACUAAAUGCUUCAUCAUAUAAUGCUGACUUGAGCGUAUCUUCUUGUCUUGAAAUUGUGUCUUCGCGCGAAAGCGUUAAAUCUAAUUCGGUCGAAUUACAUCGGUGAAAUUUUCAAACUUUAUAGGAUAAAUUGUUACAAAGAUCGCAUAAGAAAUGAGAUUCACAUUUGCACUAUUGCUUAGUCUCGUGUUCUCCGGACUCGUUACAGGAACAGAAUGUUAUUCGGAUGUGUAUAAUGAUAUAGACGUGGAUGCGAUUAUUAAGAGCGAUCGUCUUUUAAAUCAAUAUGUGAAUUGUGUUCUCGAUAGAGGCCCCUGCACCGUCGAUGGACACAGUCUUAAACGUAUUCUCCCGGAUGCGAUAGCCACAUCUUGCGAAAAAUGCAACGAAAGGCAGAAACAUUCGGCAAGAAAAGUAAUCAAUCAUUUGAAACAACAUAAACCAAACGUUUGGGCAGAGAUUGUCGGAAUGUGUGAUCCUAACAAAGAGCAUAUUGCAUCUUUCGAACGAUUUAUGACUGGAUAAGAAACUUAAACGAAGGCCUAAUCUUUUCUUUGUUUAUUGUUUUAAAUAUAUACAUUAUGUGUAAAUAAUUCUCUGUAAUAAUAUUUCAUUAAGAGAUUUAUCGAUUUUUUUUACAUAAAGUAUAUGUAGAAAAGAAACAUCUAUUAUCUGAAUUAAGAAUAGUGUGCAAAUGAGAAAUAAAACAGCAAUCUAAAGGAGUAAAA